AUGCCGGAGACGCCUCUACGGACCCCACGGGCAAAACGAGUCGCUCGCGCGUGCGAUUAUUGCCGUAGAAAGAGAGACCGGGACCGUGGCCGACGUGCCACCACCGUGACAGCUUCGAGUCGAGCCAGUGAACCCGAUGUCAAUCCCCAGGCCGACGCCGUAAUCCAAGUCGCCGUGUCAGCGCCGCCAACCGUCGCGGACGAGCCGAGCGUCGACCCGAACCUAGACGCUACCAUUCCGCCCCAAUGUAGCCUGGAAGACGAUCUUGCGGCAGCAUCUAACUGGGCCCCUGAUCCAAGCUAUAGUCACGAUAACGAUAACAUGACGCAGGACUUUGGUUACGUUCUGCGCCAGCUUGGAAUCGGAGUCUCCUCGGCUUUUUGGGAGAUGGAGCGGUUGAUGCUUCCUCAUCUUCCAGAUAUGGCUGCACCCACUAUGUCCACCCUUGGGCACCCCAACGGACCGGGCGAGCCGAAUCGGGCGUUGUCAAGCCACUCCCCGCUGGGCACAGGGCAAGCGUGUACUAGUUAUUUCGCAUCCCCCCCAAGGUCGACAACCACCUCUGUGAACGGCAAGGUUUCGAGCAUACGCUCCCUGACAAAAAGAGAUGAGGGGGUGGAAAGUCUAGAGCGAUCGGUCCCUCUCGGGGUCUUCAUCCGGAAGGACGAGACCGUAGCCAACUAUAUCGACGCUUUCGAGAGUCAGCCCACCCUCUUCAGCAGUAGCUCAAUGGGCUUCCUGAUCGAGGCCGGGCCCCAUGUGGAUGAAGUUGGUUUAACGUCACUGUUCGACGUCGCAUCGCAGCAGCUUCCCUCUAGGGAGGGGGCUCUCGAGAGCAUUAACGCCUAUUUCAAAAAUCUCCAUGAAUUCUACCCCAUUGUCGACGAAGAGUCUUUUCGCGCCCGCACCGAAACCCUCUACUCGUCCGACCGUUCAGGGUUUGGCGUCCUCGACUAUUCCCUUUUCCUCCUUGUCGUGUCGAUCGGAAGACUAAGCAUAAAUCACAAAUCCGACGGCACCGGUAGCGACGAUGGACUUGCCGAAAGGACUUACCAAAAGGCCUGGUCCAUGGUACACGACUCCAUGGCCAAGCCCUAUAUCGAUCUUCCGGCAUCUCAACUAAGAUUACGCUCUCGUCUGUGGUGGAUCGCCUUCAGUUUCGACGCGAGCCUUUCUUUGUCCCAGGGGAGGCCACCCGGCGUUAUGGACGCGACUUUCGACGAGGACACGAUGCUCGCGGAGCCCGAAGUCGGAACUAACAUCUCGUUCCCUACUCUUUCACAGAUUUACUCUUGGUCUUACCAGCUCAAUCAGAUCCAGAGUCGGUUUUGUAAUAUAAUGCACUCCAAGGACACCAUUCUAUUUCGCCUAGAUGCCAUACUGAAGGUCGAUAGCGACCUCAUGCUCUGCGGCCUCCGCACGCAGGAACAGGGGAUGCGUCGGCGUUCCCCUCCCGUAUUCGUGCCAGUGAGCGCUUAUGCCUCGACAGCGCGCGGUCUUUCUGGCGCUGGGGAUCUCUUCGGUGAAAAAGUGUUUGUGAUUAGCUUUCAAACCACAAACUACAAAGCCGCCAUGGCUGUCCUGUACCGGAACAUCUGUAAAAACCCACUUCAUCUGUCCGCACGGGCGGACCUCGAGCACCUUCGAGCCUGCAAGCUUCACCUGGAGCGAGAUACACCGAACGAUGUUAUAGGACCUGUACUGAAGACAUUAUUUGCGAAUAUGGUUGUUUCCGCGCACGACCUCGUCUGGAGGAGUAGCUCUACCGCAAUGGAGACGAUGGGGACGCCGUAG